CCGGUGGGGCCGUGUACUCUCUUCCUUUCCUCAAUACUGGUGCCGCUUGGGACGCGGCGCGAUGGGCAAGAAGGGUAAGAAGGAGAAGAAGGGCCGCGGCGCCGAGAAGACGGCCGCCAAGAUGGAGAAGAAGGUGUCCAAGCGCUCGAGGAAGGAAGAGGAAGACCUGGAAGCCCUUAUAGCCCAUUUCCAGACACUGGAUGCCAGAAAGACCCAGGUCAUGGAGACCACAUGCUCCCCACCCUCCCCACGGUUAAAUGCCUCCCUCUCUGCUCACCCUGAGAAAGAUGAAUUGAUCCUAUUCGGAGGUGAAUAUUUCAAUGGCCAAAAAACAUUUGUGUAUAACGAGCUCUACGUGUACAAUAUCAGAAAGGACACCUGGACUAAAGUUGACAUCCCUGGUCCACCUCCAAGGCGCUGUGCUCACCAGGCUGUGGUGGUCCCUCAAGGUGGCGGGCAGCUGUGGGUCUUUGGAGGGGAGUUUGCAUCUCCCGAUGGAGAGCAGUUCUACCAUUACAAGGAUCUCUGGGUGUUGCACUUGGCCACCAAGACCUGGGAGCAAAUUCGAUCAACAGGAGGUCCUUCGGGUCGGAGUGGACAUCGGAUGGUGGCCUGGAAGAGACAGCUAAUUCUUUUUGGUGGCUUUCAUGAGAGUGCACGAGAUUAUAUCUACUACAAUGAUGUGUAUACCUUCAGCCUUGACACAUUCUCGUGGAACAAGGUGUCCCCAUCAGGUCUUGGGCCCACACCUAGAUCAGGCUGCCUGAUGUCUGUCACCCCCCAGGGUAGCAUAGCCAUCUAUGGGGGCUACUCCAAACAGAGAAUCAAGAAAGAUGUGGACAGAGGCAUCCAGCAUUCGGAUAUGUUCCUCCUGAAGCCUGAAGAAGGGGGAGAAGCUAAAUGGAUGUGGACCCGGAUUAACCCUUCAGGGAUCAAGCCCACUGCCAGGUCUGGGUUUUCAGUGGCUAUGGCCCCAAAUCAGCAGAUACUGAUCUUCGGGGGUGUCUGUGAUGAGGAGGAGGAAGAGAGCUUGGAGGGUGUGUUCUUCAAUGACCUGCACUUCUAUGACGCCACCAAGAACCGCUGGUUCACGGCACAGCUGAAGGGCCCCAAGUCAGAGAAGAAGAAACGGAGGCGGGGCAAAACAGGGGAGCAUGAAGGUGGCAGUGAGCAGGAACGUGAGGAGGCUGGUGCCCCAGAGCCCCUGGAAGUGGUCAAAGAGGUGGUGGCUGAAGACGGAACUGUGGUCACCAUCAAACAAGUGCUUGUUGCCCCUAAACUGGCUGGAUGGACCACACCUGAGGAUGAAAGCAGUGCUGUGGAAGCCAGUGGUCCUGAAGUCGAGCCAUGUCCACGCUCCAGUGCCAUGCUGGCUGUCAAACAUGGGCUGCUCUAUGUCUAUGGUGGCAUGUUUGAAGCCGGUGACUGCCAGGUGACCCUCAGUGACCUGUACUGCCUUGACCUCCACAAGAUGGAAGAGUGGAAGGUCCUGGUAGAGAUGGAUCCAAAAACGCAGGAAUGGCUGGAGGAGACGGACUCGGAAGAGGACAGUAGCUCCAAUGAGGGUGCCGAGGGGGGAGAGGAGGACCAGGAGGAGGACAGCGGGGAGGAGAGUGGUGAGGAAGAAGAUCCACAGCACCCGGAGGUUGCGCCUGGUGAACAGUAUGCAGACUACCUUCUUCGGACUGAGCAGCACUGGCUGAAGCUUGCUAGGGACCACGUGGGGCCGGACAUGAAGGAGAAGAGAGUGCUGAAGGUUGCCCAGACCAUGGCAAAAACAUUCUUUGAUGAUUCAGUUUAAGGUGCUGCACAGGCCAAACAUUAGCCCGAGCAGCAGGCCGCUGACCCCUCGGCGCCACUGUGUGUUCUCACUAAAUAAAGGAGAUGUGAUGAGGCCCCUGCAGAAGUCAUCUUCUGUGCAGCCUCAAAUGUCA